GAGGCGGUACAUCGAAGCCCUCGCCUCCGCCCAAUGUACUCUCUAUGAACCUGGGGAUAGGACGCGCGGAGACGGUAUUCGGGACCGCGCAGGGAACAGGUUGUUACUUAAUGUCAUGGCAUUCCAAAGAAAACAAUACUAUGAUAGCACAAGGUAUAUCCAUUUGAAGAAGACAUUUGGAAUUUACAAAGAGCCAAAAAUAAUUCUUUGGAAACUAGAUGCAAAAAAGAGAUCACUAGACUCUGCAAGGGAAAACUUGACAACAGAAACGAGAAUUACACAGGAAGCGGGAAGUAUGGAUGUAAAUGUAAAAUGUGCAAACAUGGCUGAAGUUGAGAAAGAUUCUUUUUUAAGAAAGAGAAAUGGAAUCUGUAAAGAUAUCAAGGUGGUCCUAAUUAAACUUAAUAACAGGAAUUAUUUAGCAGAUUCUCAAACAAAUGGUAAUGUUUCCAAGAAUGGUCAACAAAUAACAGACAUUAAUAUGCCAUCUGGCGACAGCCAACAUACAGAGAGUAAAAAGAUCAAUUUAGGUAAUCCAAGGAAUGAAACCCCUGAAAACAUUGUUUUUGAACAAGAUUGCAUCCGAAUGAAAAAUUCAGUUGAAUCUCACUAUUGGAUUCGGGGUACUGCAACUAUCAUCAAUCCGAUGGAUAUAGAUGAAACUAUCCGGGAAGAGAAAAUAUUAAGACUUAAACAACUUCUGAAAGAACACGAAGAGUCUGUUGAAAAUAUUAGAAGGAAGUUUUGA